AUGGGGUCCAUCAAUCAAAGCAACGGCAAAUCCAGGUGGUUCGGAUUUCGAGGUGGAUGGCUUACGUUUUGGAUUACGGUUGCAUGCGCCACUGAUAUGGCAUUGUUCGGCUACGAUCAAGGUGUAUUCUCCGGCGUCGUCAUUACGCAAGACUACUUGGACGUGCACGAUUUGAACGGGAGUGAGAAAACCAACUUGUUGUCCAUUGUCACAUCCAUAUACGCUGUGGGAUGCUUUCUUGGAGCCGUGGUUGCCUUUACCAUUGGCGAGAGGUUCGGCAGGAAGAAGACCAUCAUGAUCGGAUCUUGUAUCAUGGCGGUUGGCGCUGCGCUCCAAACCUCGUCCUUUAGUGUACCUCACAUGAUGGUGGGGAGGAUCAUAUCCGGUAUCGGCAACGGGAUCAACACGGCGACAGCCCCGGUAUGGCAGACAGAGACUUCGCAGACAAAGUGGCGCGGCAAACUGGUUGUGCUCGAAAUGACCAUGAAUAUUGUCGGCUUCUCCAUGGUCAACUGGAUCAACUUUGGUCUCUCUUUUGCCGGCGGCGCGAUUGCGUGGCGGCUGCCCCUCGCCCUGCAAUUCUUGUUUCUCAUUGUCCUCUUUGGCACCGUACCCUGGCUGCCCGAGUCGCCUCGGUGGUUGAUUGCUCACGGUCGCGAAGACGAGGCAAUGGUCAUCUUGGCCGACUUGGAGAACAAGACUCCUGCUGAUGCGGUUAUUAUUGCCGCCAGGAAUGAAAUCGCUUACAGUGUUCGCUAUGAGCGGGAAAAUGCCAUUCGAUGGAGAGAUCUUGCUCGAGGUCACGCAGACGGCGGCACCAAGACUGUUCGUCGACUACUGCUGGGCAUUGGCUCACAGGCCAUGCAACAAUUCGGCGGCAUCAAUAUCAUGUCGUAUUACUUGCCAACCCUUCUCAUGGAGUCGGUGCAUCUCAGCGAUACCAUGGCCCGUCUGAUCGCUGCCGUCAGCUCCGUCGUGUACUUUUUUGCCGCUCUGGCCGCCGCGCCUUUGGUGGAACGAUAUGGUAGAAGAAUCAUGAUGAUCAUCUCGACCGCCAUUCAGUUCUUUUGUUUCCUGCUCAUGACCAUCUUGCUGUACUACGCCCAGAAGGAGAACUUUCCUAGCCAGGAAAAAGUAGCGCAGGCAUCCGUCGUCUUUUUCUUCCUCUACUACAUUGGCUUUGGGCUGGGUAUGCUGGGAAUCCCUUGGCUUUACCCGACCGAGAUCAACUCGCUGCCCAUGCGGACCAAGGGGGCUGCCGCAGCCACCAUGUCGGAUUGGAUCACCAAUUUCAUCGUCGUUGAGGUCACACCAAUUGGUAUACAGAACCUGGGCUGGAAGUUUUACAUCGUCUGGACCGUCACCAAUGCGGCAUUUUUGCCAGUCCUGUACUUUUUCUACCCAGAGACUGCCGAUCGUACGCUUGAAGACCUUGAUGCCUAUUACCGCGAAAAUCCGUCGCUCAUUGUCACCCGCGACCGCAAUGCAACCUCUCGCAAGCGGCCGGGGAAGUAUGCAGAGAUGCAGCGAAGAGACAUUGUAGAGGCAGAGACGGGCAGGGAAAAGGCGAUUGUCGAACACGCAGCUUGA